AUGACUCCCCUCCGACCAAACCUCUGCAUCUGGAAGACGCGAUCAAUUCCUCUCAUUUCGAGAUUCAGAACAUCUUCAUCAUCUGCGACUUCCACUUCUCGAUUCCCAACCAGGAAAACGCUGCUAGAUAAGACGUCAAGAGAAAUAAACCCAGAGAAGCCUCGGUCCUUUCCUACAAGCAACUUCGAAGUAAUCGAUGCAGAUCAGCCGGUUGAAGAGGAACAGUUGUCCGAUUACCGUGCUCAUCGAUUCUAUCCCGUCAGAUUAGGAGAAGUCUUUCAAGAUCGGUAUCAGGCGAUUGCGAAGUUGGGGUUUGGUAGUUCGUCGACCUCAUGGCUUGCUCGGGAUUUAAGAGAGCGAAAGUAUGUUGCACUGAAGAUUUGUCACAUCAAUACCCGGAUUGAAGAGAGUUCAUACCCAGGGAAAAAUAACAUUCGGAAACUGCUUGAUUCUUUUAAGAUAUCCGGUCCAGGUGGAGAGCAUAUCGUCCUUGUCCGUCAACCUGCUCAGAUGAGCUUGCAUGAUAUGAAGGUUAUCUUUAGCAAAGAUGGGUUUGAUGAAGAAUUUGUCAAAGGCGCCAUUGUAGAGCUCCUGCAAGCUUUGGAUUUCCUACACACCGAAGGAGAGGUCGUUCAUACUGAUGUGCAUUACGGGAACAUGCUUCUGGGCCAGGAAAAUACUGAGUCAUUCCACAGGAUGGAAGAGGAAGAAUUCUCAUCCCCGGUGCAUCGCAAACCAGUCUCAUCGGACAGGACCAUAUAUCUUUCUCGUCUGAUGCUUCCCAAGCCUGGUCCAAUGUUGCUGUGUGACUUUGGUGAGGCAAGAAUUGGACCGGGACCACAUGCUGGUGAUAUCAUGCCUGUUCAGUAUAGGGCUCCCGAAACGUUAUUUUAUAUUGAGUGGAGCUAUCCAGUUGAUAUCUGGAGCGUUAGUCUUACGGCAUGGGAGCUGCUUGAGCCAACGAGGCUAUUCACAGCAUGUGAUGGCGAUGGUGAUUUUUCCAACGAAGCCCACAUUGCCCAGAUGACCGCGGCGUUGGGGCCACCACCUCGUGAACUUCUGGCUACGAACCCAGAGGUGACGGCUGAAUUUUGGGACCAGAAAGGAAACUGGAAGGGGCGUGCAGCUAUCCCGCAUGAACGAACAAUGGAGGCGCUUGAGAAUGGACUAGAGGAUAAUUCAGGAUUUCUUAGAUUUAUGCGAAGAGCUCUGACCUGGAUGCCUGAUGAGAGGUCAAGUGCUAGGGAACUCUUGAAAGACCCUUGGUUGGCUGAAGGGAUAUAA